AUGGCUUCUAACGCAAAGCGGAGGGCGCUGGAGACCGAGCAGCUGCCGGAGAAGCACGAAGAAGAUGAGGGUGACAUGGAAGACGACGAUUCAGAAGAAUCCGAUGACAUUGAAGAAGAUGAAUCGGAGGAAGAGGAAGAAGUGAACGAGGAAGUUAAUGUAGACUUUGAAGCCUACACAAUGUCUGACACUGAUUUUGAAGGCAUCAAAAAGCUGCUCAAGCAGUUGUUCCUGAAAGCCCAUGUGAAUAUCUCCGAGCUAACAGACCUCCUUAUUCAACAGAAUCACAUCGGCAGCGCUAUUAAGCAAGCUGAGGGUCAGGAGGAUAGUGAUGAUGACGAUGACGAAGAUGAUGUCUUUGGCUUCAUAAGUCUUGUGAAUCUAAAUGAGAGAAAGGGCACAGCGUGCGUGGAACAAAUUAAAGAGCUGAUUUUGAGCCGCUGCGAGGAAAACUGUGAACAGAGCUUGGUUGAACAGUUUGACAAAGUUCUAAACGACAACAGCAAGCCUGUGGGUUUCCUCCUCAGCGAGAGAUUCAUUAAUGUACCUGCACAGAUUGCUCUACCCAUGCAUCAGCAGCUCCAGAAAGAGUUGGCAGAUACUCAGAGAACCAAUAAACCAUGUGAGAAGUGUUAUUACUAUUUAAUUCUAAGCAAAACCUUCAUGGAAGCGGCGAAAACAUCCAAGGGGAGAGUUGGCUCCCAAGCCAAGGAGGAGCUGAUGUUUGCCAAUGCAGAAGAUGAGUUUUUCUAUGAGAAAGCCCUUCUGAAGUUCAGCUACUCUGUGCAGGAGGAGAGCGACACGCAGCUGGGGGGCCGAUGGUCCUUUUCCGACGUGCCCAUGAAACCCUUGAGGACAGCCAUGUUGGUUCCUGCUGACAGGAUGAAUUCAAUCAUGGACAAGUUCAAAGAAUACCUCUCUGUGUGAACCGUUCCCUCCGAACAGCUGCGUUUUAUAGAACUAUGCGCCCCAACUGCCGGUAACAUCAUAGAGACUAAUUAAUUUUUAUAAACAUGUCUUAGUCAUUCAUUUCAUCUUUUGUAUUGGCUGUCGGCUCCGGUGAGACCACAAAAGGGUUUUGGAACAUUUCAUUAGUGUAAUUAAAGAAAAGAUCCCUUUAGCACAGGCACUCAGUCCCUGACAGGGAGAAAGUACAACAAAAGGGGUUCACUAUAUAAUGUAUUUGAUACAUGGAGGGGAGAAAAGGCGUUAAAUAGAUUUCUGCAACAUCUGAGGUUUUUGUUCUGCUGCAAUAUCGGCUUAUCAAAAAAAAAAAAAGUUCAUUAAAGUCUUCCUUUUCUUUGGGACACGUAUUGCACUCCUUCUGUAUUAGUCGAGGUCAUUAUAUAAAGCAUCUUUGUUCUGCAGCGCCUUCAUCAAUGGCAUCAUGUAGAGACUUCUCUUCUCUGGGCUCUUCUGGGGGGAUGUCUGGGGUCUGGUCCUGCUGCUGCAGGAGCUCUUUAGUCUCACUAGGUGUCAGGUUGCUGAAGUAGUAUGGGGGGAACAAACUCCAUGAACCUAAUGAAUAUGUAUUUUUUCCCCAUUAAUCCGUAGCUUAAACUUCAUAGGUAUGAAGGAUAAACUAUAUGUUUAAUGUAACAUAAAGGCUUGCAACCAA